AUGCUACGCACGCACAAUGAUGCAGAUCUUAAAAGGGACCAUUUUGCUUCGUUCUUGGAAAUUGGAUCUCUUGACGUUAAGUGCAUGCAGGAAAUGCAUCUGGAUACUACAAGCACGUUUGAUGGAUUAAAGAGUAUCUCACCUUCGUCUUUAGAAACGUCCAUGUUUCAACUUUCGCCUAAUUUGAUAAACUCAAUUCCAUUACCAUUGCUUUCUUCGACGCCGAGUCCCAGCAACGCUAGUCCUAUAACUAUGUCACAGCCGCAACCACAUAGUUAUGGAUAUUUUAAUAUUGGCAACGGAAUAUCUGUAACAGACAUGGCACUACAUUCAGGUUUUAUGGGAAAGAAAAAUAUAUAUCAGUCUCAAGAAUUUAGCAAAUUCGACGAAAACUUUAAUAUCCAACAUAAAGAACCAUAUAGAACGACUAAAGCCACAUUGGCCCAAAAUCAACAAAAAAACGAGAUAUCAAAAUCCCUAAAAAUGUUUGCAAUGUUGGCUGCUUGCAAGUAUAGAAAUGAUCCUAUUAAACAUGAUACGGAUUCUUUGGUGGAUGAUGUAAUGCAAGACUUCUAUUGUAAUGGAUAUGUGACAGAUGAAUCGAAUCUCUAUCGACACGGAAAUGAUUCGGUGGAAACUUCAUCACAUAUUGACCAGUAUUAUAGUUCGAAUAAUAACUACAAUAAUGGUGUCGAAAGCAAUUUGAAUUCUAAUAUAAUAAAUGUUGGAACAAGUAACGCAGGUAGUGGUAAUACUAUUCCCAACAACCAUAAUAGCGCAGCUAUUUUUAAUCCGCACUGUUUAAAUCAAAACAUGUGGAAGUUGCAUUUUCACACUCCGUCGCCUUUUUUGGGCAGUGGGAUUAGUUCGCAAGCCGCCCAACACCAUGCAGCAACUGUUGCAGCAGCUGCUGCGAACAUCGAAUAUAACAGCCAAAACAUAAAGAAACUGCAAAAACGCUAUGGGUGUACAAAAUUUGACAAAAUUGCUGCGGUAAAGCAUUGUGUCUUCUGUGAAAACAACCAUGAACCAGAAGCUGUAGUGAAGAGCCAUGCAGUUCGCGAUUCCCUCGGUCGAGUACUAUGUCCGAAGCUGCGCACUUAUGUCUGCCCAAUUUGCAAGGCAUCUGGUGAUAAAGCACAUACUGUUAAAUACUGUCCACAAAAGCCUAUUAUUACAAUGGAAGACGCUGUUAAAGCAGAAUCCUUACGUUUAGCAAAAAGCUCUUAUUAUAAGCAUGGAACGAAAGCGUAGAUAUUUAUAUAAAAACUUUAUAUAUUGUUUUCUCAAGUAACUUUUAAAUUGAUCUGCCCUUCUAACAUGUUUUUUUUUCUGAACAAAAAUUGUGUUUAAAAGGGAGUUAAAUUUCAAAAGCUAAUUGAAGAAACUACCAUAAGUAUGAAAAGAAAAAGUAUCUUGGAAAGAUCGCCAAAAAUUUAGAAUAAAAUUACAUUUUGGAAAUUAUGCGAAUUUAUUACAUAGUCUCCUUUUUAUUGCUCACGAAGAUUUGUUAAUUUUUUCUUACUUAUCGACUUUUCUAUUUUAGUAAAUGUAGUUUUUAAGUAUUUGUACAAGAAAUAUUAUGUACGUUAAACUAUGAGCUAUAUUAUCUUCUAUUGACUUUUAAGUGUACAGUGAAAUAAAGUACACUGCUCACAAUAAUUUUAAAAUAUCGAAAUGAAAGAAUUUUAAUUGCGAACAAUGUGUUUUAACCAAUUUGAAAUGUGUCGAUUUUACUUUUACCGAUUGCAAAGGAACAGAAAUUAAUUAUGGUACUAACUCAAAUCAUCCUCAGUAUUUAUUUUUAAAUAGCUAUAGAGCUAGUUCAUCUACUUGCGUUGAAUUACGAUAGUUUACGUAAAUAUUAUUUGAGAAUUAAUUUGUUCUCGAUUCGAUUUAUGUAUUCAAGUAUUGCGUAUAAUAUUUGUAACUGAAUUCUUAACAUCAAGCAAUUUGGUAUAUUGAAACAUAUUUUUAAUAGAUGACUUCUUA